AUGGGCGAAAAAGAAGACAAGGAAAAAGCCGAGAAGCUUGCGGCUGCAAAGAAGAGAGUCGCACAACUUCAGAAGAAGAAGAAAGCCGCAUCCGCAGGCGGAGGGGCGAGUGCUGGAGAGAAGUCAAGCAAGAACAAAGCGAAGAAGGACGACGCAGCCGUAGCAGCGAAAGAAGAUGAGCAGGACGCUGCCGACGCUGAUAUUGAAGACCCGAUUGAAAGCGAAGAGAAGAAACCUGCAGAGGAGGACACGUCCGCCACCGCAGGUGAAGCCCAGGAUGCGGAUGAAGCGACAUUCAACGAUGUGAUUAAGGCUGCGGGCACGGCAGGGAACGCCAGUCCGGACGCGGUCGAAUCCCCGGCGACGAUAUCUCCUCCCUCAGAUCAACAGUUGCCUUCCUCAUCUUCUACGACUACUACGAGAGGCCCGCGCCACUCGGCCCGCCAACCCAGCGUCAGCCUGCAAAGCAAGAUCCGCAGUACGAGCUUCCGAGACAAUGGACCUCUGAGUCCCGCGCUCGUGACGCCGAGUGGGCUUUCACGCCCUGAGGAGCUGGAACGCGAGAAUAAGCGGCUUGCCAGAGAGGCAGAGGAGCAUGAGAAGAGAUGGCGCAGGGUGGAGGAGGAGCUGGAGGAGCUGCGAGAGCAGAAUGCUGAGAGGUCUGUCUCAGGCGGUACUGGCACCGGUGGUAGCGCAGCUGCUGAUCAAGGAGAAAUUCAACGGCUGAGGACGGAGGUUGAGACACUACGGCGCAAAACUAGCACAACAGCGAGGAGGGGGAGCAGCACCGCAGGCGAGGAUGUGGAGAACCUGAGGAUGGAGCUCGAAAACAAGGAUUCCACGAUUGCCGACAUGCAGCUUGAGAUUUCGCGACUGCGAGGCCAGCUGUCGAGCCAGACGGAAGGCUGUGAGACGCACGGAGAACAGAUCUCGGCACUACAGACGUCGCUGUCAACUGCAGAGGGCAAGCUACGACACGCGGAGAUGGAGCUGGCAGACACGAAAAAGGCACUAUCAAAGGCCAGCGAGAAGGCGGUCCUAGACGGCACAGAACGGACAAGCAAAGACACGAAAAUCCGCACCCUGGAACGCGAGCUCCAGGAGGCCAUUGUCAAACGCGACGAAGUGGUGAAGAAAGCAGAGCAGCUUGACAAGAAAGUCGAAGCGAUGAACAAACUCCACCGCGAAGCGGAAGCACGUAACGCAUCCAAGCUCGCCGCGUCCGAAGCCUCAGCCAGAGAACUCCCCACCCUGCGCGCGAAGCUCGAAAAGCUCGACUCGGAGAACUCGCGGCUGCGCGAGAAACACAAGCGCGUGAUGAGCGGCGGCGGGGGGGAUGAAGGAUUGGACGAGCUCGAGGACGAAGAGCGGCAGAAGCUUGAGAAGAAGAUCCGCGAGCUCGAAGCGCAGGUCUUCGACUUGCAGCGCGGCGUGUGGAGGGACAAGCGGAUCCAGAUGCAGCCGCGCGGCGACGACGGCGGGUCACGCACCUCGCUGGAUCCCGCGGGAGAGGACUUCGACGAUGUCGAUUUGUCUGGCUCUGGCAAUGCAAGUCGACGACGCAGCUCCGGCAACCUGCUACACUCGCACUCUCAGCCUCGCCACUCGGGCUUCACGCAGGUCAUCAACUCCGGCCUCGCCGCCUUCCGCGCCAGCACCGCCUCGCCAGACUCCCACCAGCAGAAUCAGCAUCAGCAUCAGCAUCAGAAUCGCCCUCGAAACGACUCCCUCCUCCAAGAAUUCGACGACGACCUCGGCGACGGCGCCUUCGAUGAGAAUGCGUUCGCGCAAGCGCAGAGAGAAGAGGAGGCCCGCAAGAUGGUCGAGCAUGUCAGAGAGGUCAAGCGCGGCCUGAAGGCCUGGGUCGGUUGGCGGUUGGAUCUCGUCGAUGCGCGCGCUGCCGCUGGUGGUGGUGGGGUCGGCGGCUUUGGUGAGGUUUUUGAUGUUUGA